AUGAUGUCUAAUAAUGUAAAUGAAAGAGAUAUACCUGCUGAAGAUUCACAUGGAAACCUUCUUGAAGCACCUUAUUCAAUUAUAUGGCGUAUUUUACAUGGUAUAUCUUACUUAAUAGGUGGUCUUACUUUUAUUUGCGGAUCUUGUAUGUAUUUUACUAAAGUUAUUGCAGAAUAUGAUCAAGCAUUAAAUGCUGGUGCAUGGUUCUACAUAGUUGGUUCAGCUGCCUUUCUAAUUGCUGAUUUACAAGAUUGGUUUUACUAUCGAAUUGGUCUUUUCAUAAUUUCAAAACGUCAAAAAGAAAACAAUACUGUUUCAAAUACUAACCAUGUUGAUAAAGAGUCAAAAACAUGUUCUGAUCGAUAUAGACGAGUUCAAAUUGAUUUAAAUUAUUUAGCAUCCAUAUUGGGUUCAAUUUUAUAUUUAGCAGGAUCAGUAUUAUUUUUACCAAAGUAUUCAGAUGACAUAAUUGCUGGUGAUGUACUUUUUAUAACCGGUUCGGCUGCAAUUUAUCUAUCUGAAGCAUGGAAAAUCUAUCGAUUAGCCUGUACGAGUGCUGUUGAUCCAAAUGAUACUCAUUUUCAUUUUCAAAAUAUUCGACACAAUCUUCAAGCAAUUUUUAUUUCAUUUUUUGCUGGACUCGGUGGUGUAUUUUAUUUUGUUGGUACAAUUCUAUUUUUGCCACAAUAUACUUCAACUGAUUUUAGUGAAAAUAGAGCAGCUGCACUAUUUUUGUGUGGUGGAAUAUUUUUUAGUCUUGCUGGUUUAUUAUUACAAUAUCGUUAUUUUUGUCGCUGUAAUCGAAAAUAA